UCUGUGGGAACGCCAGAAUGCCGGCUGGCAUCGCCAGGGGAGAGGGUGGAUGUGGAACAGGCACAAUCAGCAGCCACAGCCUGUGCCAGUGCUUUUCCUCUGACUGCUGGAAUAGAUACCUGAGUGUGUUUUUGACACAGCUGUGUCAGCAAACCAAGAUGAGCAGCUCAGAGGCUCCAACAGUGCUUUGGGCUUUGUUCUAGGAGGAGCUGCUGGUUUAGAGUAAACUCACAAUUUUGCUGUCUGGUCCUAUGAGCUGAUUGAGGUCACAUUGCCAUGGUGUUGUUUACUUGUCCCCCAGUGCAAUAGCAUACCAUAUUCCAUAUGUUAUCGUGUGCUUAGGGGAAACUUGGAAGGGCUCUGUUGUACAAAUGAGCUGGACAAACUCCUGAAAACCCAAGGACUUCAUCUUGUGAUCCUGUGGCGGAACCUAGACAAAAAGUCUUUGCUUCUCCUCCAUACCAGCCAAAGCAUCCCUCUCUCUUCCCAGGCCCUUUUCCCACUCUGAUCUUUCAGAGCAAUAUUUCCCUGGAUUUGUAGUUAAAACGUUUCCCUCUUUGUGGGAAACAAAAAUUAGUAGGAAGUGCAAGGGGGGAGCUUGGAAUUGCUCAAUUCUGAAUUUUGUCUUUGUUUCCUUUCACUGACAUAGACAGUCUCUUCACGCCAUUAAAUGCUUGCUGGUGGCUCCUGGCACUUUCUCUUGAGGCAUUGGUUCCGUUCCAUUGCAGCCUCUGAAGGUUCAUUUCAGUCCCUGACUGAUGAGGUUCCUGGAGAUGAGGCUGGGGUUUUAUUUGGUAAUGGUAUUAGUUCAGCCUUGCAAAGCAUUGCCUGCCUGAGGUGAGUAACAGGUUUUGAGGGUGAGUAAAGCAUCGUCUGUCACCGUCACAGCCAAGUACAGGUUGUGUCUGAGCUCCUAAGGGUUCUGAGCAGUUCUGGGUUUAGUUGUGCUGCAAAGAGUCAUGGUGGGGUUUGUGUGUUUGUGUUUGAAGUGCAGCUCUGUUCCUCAUUGGUGGCACAGGAGAUGCUGGCAGAUGUCACCUGUCAGGUGUCAGACACCGCUGCAGAGCUCCCAGGAGAUGGGAGCUUCAGAGCUGGUUUGCACUGAGUGAGAGGAGCAGCUUUGCUCAGCUCCUGCCCUGUUUCAGGGCAGAAACGUGAUUUGUAAAUCAGUAAUUCCCAGAGCAGCACAGUAUCAGAUGGUUCCCUUGAUGCCAGGUGCUUCUUGAAUGGGAUUUUGCCUCCUGGUCCAUGGAAGCUUUGCCAGAAGUGCUGCAAACUUCACGUUAAUACUGGAUUUACAGCGUUUGGGUUUAUUGCACCAUUGCAUUCCUCACCAGAGAGAGACACUGAAAUCCUCAUGUCAUUGGAAAUUAUCCUGGCAGCACCUGGAAUGGGAUUUCUGUUGAAAUAUUUCUCUUCUCAUCAAGUCUGAUGGUGUUUAUAGAAGUAGAGUGAACCCUUGUCUACCCAUUUAGCCUUCACACUCACUUUGAGUGAACUUUUACUUUUUUUUCUUCCUGUUGGUUUUUUGUUGUUUUUUUUUUUUAAUUUUUCAUCUCCUGACAAAGGUAAGGUGGAUGUUAAAAGCCAAAGCUGGUUUUCUACAGUAACAAUGAGAUGGUUUCCCAAGCCUGCACUGGUUCAGGGGCAGAAAUGAGAUAAACACCUGAGUAUUUCUGGCCUUUUGCUGUGGAUUCCCUGUCUAAAGAUAAAGCAUAGAGGUCUGGGUGGAAGCAUAUUAAUUAGGCUUCAUUAUCUCUGUCAGCCUGGCAAUCAUUUAUCAUUUCAUAAAUCUGAAUCUGCAACUUGGAACUGAAUAACUCAUCUCAGUUUUGAAGUAUCUUCUUUUGCCUUAAUGUUUCUGAGACUUAAAAUGCUAAAGAUGAAUAGAAAUCACAAACUGGGACAAAUGAGGAAUAUUUGGGCCUGACUAUGGUUCUUCAAAAUGUUUCAUGUUAGUUUCUGCUCUCUUUUUAGUUGCCCCAUUUGCUUCCUUUUAUUGGAUUGUCUUGAUUUUAAUGCAGAUUUUACUAAUAAGGGAGCAUUAUAAGAAAAGCGAUUAUUUCAUUUUUCUGUGGGUUCUACUGGAUUUAUAAAAUGCAGAGAUGAGAAAGACCAAUUAUUUUAUCAGGCCUUCUCUGCUUAAGUUCCAAAUUAUUUUCUACAUUGUGAUUUUUGACAUUUGUCCUGGCCCAGUUUGAAGUAUAUUCUCCAAGUUAAUUACUUCUGUCCAAGUAACUUCCAAACUCCUUCUCCUAGAGGGAGCUUUGUAAAUAAUCUUGGUGCUUGAGCUUCUUUAUUUUUAAAGCCUGAACACAAAGAAUAAAAUCUAAAAAAGGCUGGGCUUGCCCUUGUUGAAGCUGGCGAUCAAACAUUUGCUAUAAAUGUUUAUAGAUGUACAAGGCUCCAUCAAAUAUUAAUAUAUUCAAUCCCACCCAACACAAGGCUCAGUGAGUCCAGUUCCUGCCUCUCCCUGCAGCCGUGGGGAUGGGGAUGUUCUGUGACCCUGAACAUGGCCAUGGCCACAGAUGUUCCACACCUGCACUUCCCAGAAACUGGGGGAAGCUGGGGAGCUCCUACAGAGGUUAUCCCAGGUAUAUUUCCUAUUGCCAUUUGCAAACAUCUCUCCUGCUUUUGGCCCAAUUAAAAUAAUCCUAAAGAGCUGUGGUGGUGCUGGAAUUGGAGCUGCAGGGAUGCUGAAGUGUCCUGAGUGCCCAGCAUCAGGUCUGCCUUUGGUUGAAUUAUGCUCACACUAAACCUGUAGGUAGAAAGUUUCUUCCAGAAGAAUGGAAGGCUUCAGGUCAAGAAUGGAGUUCAGGGGCAAACAGGGCUCUCAGGAAUCAGAACCAAGGUCUGAUGGUCACAAACCUGGGCUUCUGUGUUAGAGGAGGGGGAGUGGCUGUUUACAUUUGCAAAUGAAGGUAGUCAGCUGUUCUGUUCCUUUGUGCUGAAAACAAAUACACAGAAUUGCCUUCAGGGCUGCAAGUUCUGAGUCUUGGGGAGGAAAAGAUGAAUUUCAAGUGAAAUAAAUUUGAGCUGAAGAAACUUGAGAGUUCUGAAAAAUCAGGUGGUUGUUGUUGUUACCACAUCAGGCAUUCCGAAUCAGGUCCCUGACAUUUGACCUGUGUUGAUAAUCUUCCUUUUCUUCCUCCUCCUCCCUUUGAGCAGUGGGGAAGGGCUGUGAAGGACCUUAAGCUGUGAGGAGACAAUUCUGCCAGCAGAUGUGGAUAAACCUUCAUGCUUGGGGUGUUCUGAGAUCAGUGGUCUACACUCCCAUAAAACAUGGAAUUGGUCCAUUGACUCCUUUGGGUUAUUUUGCAAUGGUAUAACUUUUGCCCUGUGUUCAAUCCAAGUCAUUGCACUUCUGCUCCUUACCCAGCAGUAACAUUCCAUUGCAGAAACAGCUUCACUUUUAUUGAUUCCUCCUAAUGGCAGAGAAUCAACAAAGCACCACAUUAUUUAUUAGACUGAAAGACCCCAAAUGAUAAUGUGUUGUUUUAUAUUAGAUGAUCAAGUGCAAGAGCCCUCAGUACCUUGGUUAGUGGGUCUGGUUGGAAUGUUCAGCUGGAACACAAUAACUGGCUGCCCCGAGAGCUGCUUUGUCCUUAAGAUGCCAAAUAUAUAUAUUUUUUCCUGUUUAAUCCUUUUCCCUUCUUUCUCUUCCUGCUAUAUUCCAGUUCUUGCAUGCACAAAAUGCAUUUUUCCUUAAUACCAUUCAAGAACAUCUCUGGAAGAACAGAUUAUUUCUGGAGGGUUUGUGUGGAUUUCAUAUUAGCAAACCUGCUCUGCUGAGCUCUGUUGUGUAAAGGAAGUUUCAGUCCUGAUAGUAAAUUCUGCAUUUCCAGAACUUGGGAAUGAGGGAUAGAGCUGUGGGAUGAAACUGGAGGUUCCCCCCAUGAUCAGCCAGGCCUCACCCACAGAUCAGACUGUUAGUAAAGAUGCUCAUUGUUUUUCUGAUGCAAAUGUAUGUGUUCUGGGAUUGGGGCUGUGUUUCCCCAGCUCACCUGGCCACAGGUGCACUGUGAGAUUUUGGCAGGAGGGAGCCCUGGCCUCGGUCUGCAGCGGUUUGGGCAGAACCAGAACUGUUCAUUCAUGUGCAGGGGCAUCACUGCCCUGGAGACCUCUGCUCCUGCCGUGCCACGGGCACCUUCCCAGCUCCUGGGCACAGGAACCCUGUCUGGAGCAGCAUGUGGAGCUUGGAUCUCCCUCCACUGUCCUUCUGCCAUGGCACCGAGCUGUCCCACCAGCCUCAGCCUCUGGAAUCUGCACCAGGAUGCUGCUGCUCCUGAGGUGUUUGAGGGAGAUGAACUGAAUGGAGUCCUGCAGGAAGCUGAGUCCACUCAGAAUUGUCAUUUCUUCAGAAUGGGACAUUUCUCUUUGUGUUGAAAUGGAAUGACACUCCGUCUCCUUGGGGCUGCAGAGAAGGAUGUGAGCCUUUCAGAAGCAAGUCCAGCAUCUUUGAAGCUUUAAAAAAAUACAAGCUUUAGAUAAAGAGAGGGAAGAACAUUGGGGAUGAAGCUUUGAUAGGGUGCUGGAGGCAGGAUCCUGAGGCCUGGAAGCAUAUAGAAGGCAGAGGGGGCUUCUCCACUCAACAAAGGAGCCCUGUUUCAGAGUGAAGCAAAUGCUUUCAGGCUGAAGUUUCAGUGAAGUGCAGAUGGCUGAGAAAAUAUCUCAGACUAAUGAAGUGCUUGGAAUAAAAGCUUUGGAGCAGAGCUUGCAAAUGCAACCACCUCUGACUUGCCUCUUUUAUUCUGGAGUUCAGUAGCUCCAUAAUGCACACAGUACAGAAGAUCAAGGAGUGGGUAAUCUUUGCAGCUUUCUGCUCAUCAAAAAGGUGGUUUUUUAGUUUAAUUUUUUUAAUAUUUGGUUGCAUUUGCAGGUCAGGAGUAAUAAAAGAUGCAUAGUGACACUAUUUAACACACUUUAAUAAUUUUAUCUGGACCAGUAAAGUGUUCCUGCAUGGCCUGUGUUUUAAGCUCCAAGGAUGAAUCUCUGAAGUCUGCCACGUAUCAUGCUUUUUCCAAAGCUACCCUGUGUGUGUCUGGAUGGGUUUUCUAGUUCUGCAUCUGGAUUUGCUGUGAUGUCCUCAGCAGGGCAAGCUGAGUGCGUGUGAGACCGAAGUGGAGCAGGGAUGAGUGUCAAACCCCUCCUCCUUCCCAGCUCUCCCUCCUGCCCUGAGCGGCACAGGGAGAUGGGAAUGGGGGUUGUGGUCAGUUCAUCACAAGGCUGUUUCUGUUGCUGCUCAGGGAGAGGAGUCAGAGUCCUUCCCUGCAGGGAAUCCUCUCGUGGGGGACAGCUUUUCAUGAACUUCUCAAAGUGAGUCCAUCCCAUGAGCGCCAGUUCUCCACAAACUGCCCUUCAGCCUGAUGUCAGCCCUUCAGGCUGUUCAGCAUCACUCACUUUGUAAUCCCCAGUUUCCUUUGAUUAAAUUAUUCACUGUUUCAGCAGGGAGCUCCCUCACAGAUAGUGUCAAGGAGUCAUUAACGUUUGAAAAGACCUUUAAGAUCAUCAAGUCAAUCAAGAUGUGCCUGAGAGUACUAUUGGAGACCACUGCUCCAAAAUUAAAACAUUACCAAUAAAAGAGGGUUUUCUCUGCUGAGGUGGUGUGGCAGCACACGGUGAUGGUUACUUCCCUCACAAUGAGAUACUGAGUGUCAGUUAAUGAAAGUUUGUAAAGGACUUUGGCAGAAAGGUGUUUUAACAUUUUAAUUUAAUAGUUGUCUUUUUCUUUACUUCUGCAGUGCCAAGACAAGCUGUGCCCUGCUCUGAUUCCCAAACCUUGAGCAAAUGGAUUGCUUUGAGAAUGGAAAGAUUUGUACUCAAACAGGCUCCCAGCAGCACAGGGAGAGCAGUGGCUGUCAGGUGGCUGAGGCUGGCAGACCUGUCAGACGUCUCCGGAGGAAGAGAAGAUUGCCUUUGGAUUCAGAGGAUGAGGAGGAAAAUGCAUAUGAGGAUGAGGAGAAGAAUAAAUCAAAUAAUAUGAAAAGCCGCAGAAACACUAAACCAAUAAAACAAGUGCUUCCUGGAAAGAAGAAGGUAUGGAACUGGUCUUCCUACUUGGAAGAGGAACAGAUGCCAGCUGCUUCCCUAAAGCUGUUCAGAGAGUAUCAGUCAUUCCCACAAGGCCGAAAUGGAUUUAAAGUUGGAAUGAAAUUGGAAGGGGUGGAUCCUGAACACCCCUCUCGAUUCUGUGUUCUCACAGUUGCUGAGGUCCAAGGGUACAGGAUGCGACUGCACUUCGAUGGUUACCCAGAGUGCUACGACUUCUGGGCUAAUGCUGAUUCCUCAGACAUCCACCCUGUGGGCUGGUGUGAAAAAACAAGCCAUAAGCUGCUCCCUCCUAAAGGUUUCAAGGAGGGAGAAUUUAAUUGGACUUCCUAUCUGAAGAACUGCAAAGCUCAAGCAGCUCCAAAAAGCCUUUUUAAGACCCUCAGCAGUCCUGUCACACCUUCUGGGUUUCGUCUGGGAAUGAAACUGGAGGCAGUGGACAAGAAGAACCCAUCCAUGGUUUGUGUUGCCACCAUCACAGACAUGGUGGAAAACCGGCUGCUGAUCCAUUUCGAUAACUGGGAUGAGAGCUAUGACUACUGGUGUGAAACGAGCAGCCCAUAUAUCCGUCCUGUUGGCUACUGCCAAGAAACUGGAACCCCACUGACAACACCACCUGGACACAGGGAUUCCAAAGCCUUCUCAUGGGAGAAGUACUUGGAAGAAACUAAUUCCCAAGCAGCUCCUGCAAGAGCCUUUAAACUGCGUCCUCCUCACGGAUUCCAGGUUAAUACCAAGUUAGAGGCUGUGGACAGACGAAAUCCCAUCUUGAUAAGAGUGGCAACAAUCACUGACAGAGACAACCAUCGUGUUAAGAUACAUUUUGAUGGCUGGGACCAUCACUACGAUUUCUGGGUGGAUGCAGACAGCCCUGACAUCCAUCCUGUAGGCUGGUGUGACAAAACUGGACACGCCCUGCAAGUUCCUCUAGGUGCUGAAGAUGCAGAGGGAGCAGUGGGACAGGCGUGUCCCACUCCAGGCUGCCAGGGCAUCGGGCACGUGCGGGGCCCCCGCUACGGAACACAUUACACCUUAGUUGGCUGCCCAUACUCUGAUGUGAACCUGAGCAGAGAAAACCUCUUACAGGACCGGCUGAGUGGGGAGAGACCUUCCCCUGGGAGCAUCCUGCAGAAAGGCAGGAGGCUGGAGAGCCCUGGCCCACUGCAGGGAGCAAGGGAGGCUUCUCAGGGCGACUCCUCACAAUCCAGAAAAUCUGCACCAGACAGUGAAAAGUGGUGUCACAGCAGCAUCCACACUCCAUCAGAGCAAUCAGAAGACAGUCGGGAGCGAGGCUGGGGAGAGGAGGAUUCCUCUGCAGCCAUCAAAGCCACACCAAAAACGCUCGGGUGCUCACAUGCCUAUAUCAAGUUUCAGCUGGUGAAACAGGAAAGCAAUGGGAAAGGCCCUGAUUUGGAUCUCCAGCAGGCCCUCCACCAGUCUAUCUUCAUGCCUUCCCUGGCCUCUAACCCGAGCCAUCGCCUCCACCUCUUCUGGGAGCAGCACUGCAGGCUCUUGCCGGAGGUCUCGGGCCUGACAGCCAAACAAGUUGCCAAAUGGACUGUGGAGGAGGUGGUGAGUUUUAUCCAGCGUUUGCCUGGCUGCAAAGAGCAAGCAUCUGUGUUCAGGGAAGAGAUUGAUGGCGAGGCCUUCCUGCUCCUCAAGCAGAAUGACAUCGUUAAAAUACUCAGCAUCAAACUGGGCCCUGCCCUGAAGAUCUACAAUGCCAUCCUCAUGUUCAAGUCUGCAGAAGACAACUGAGAAAAGGCCUUUGGCAGAUCCAGGAGGAAUUGACAGGGAAUGGAUCUUCAGCUGUGAGCAUUACAACACACCAGACAGGUGGAUUGGGACUCUGAUGCAUUUUAAGUAGAAUUUAGGAAAAAUGGUUUGAGGUUAUAAAAAUCCUGCCACAGUCUGGAAUAUGGGGCAGCUUCACUUCCAAGAAGAGGAUAUUAUUAUAUUUUGUAAUUGAAUUGGUUUUGAUAUAUCAAUCUCUUUUUGAGAUCAAGAAGAAACCUCCAGUUCUAAGGGGAAUCCAGGGUAGCACUGGUGGAGCUGCAGGAGCAAGAAGAAAGUUUUGAGUAAAACUGGCUUUGUGUCCAGUGAUAGUGCCUGAAAAACUGAGUGAUCACCAGCGAGAUUAAUGUGUUUUGUGUAAUAAAAGAGAGAGGAAAAAGAUGCACUUCAAAGCAAUUCCCCCAUAUCCUUCACUGCUGUGACUCAGGAGCUGACCUUUUCAGGACUGAUUGUUAAAUUCCAGUUUUUCCUACUGCUCCUGGUUGUUGUGAUGCCCUUGGCUGCUGGGCAGCUUGCACCCCAGCAGGAAGGGAGCAUGGGCAGCGGGUUUCCAUCAGGGAUGGCUUGCUCUGGUUCUGCCAGCAAGCAAAAUGUCCUCAUUCCUGUCGUUCCCUAUCAGGAGGCAAUGGCAGUGCAGGUGGCCUUUGGGUAGGCAAAGAUCCCAUAAGGGCAUCUGCUGCUGGAGACAGAGGGAUGUGUUUUAGCUGUAAUUCUCCCAUCAGUGCUUUUGUGCAGCUCCUUCUGCACCAGGAACAUCUGGCAAAAUGGCACCAUCAAGAGCACUUGGGGAUUGGUGUGUGUUUGUUCUUGCCCUCUCCACUCUCAGCCAAAUGCUAAGAAUGGGAGUUGGAAAGCCAGCAGUGGCCAGAGUGUGUGUGCAAACAGAUUCCCUAGAAACAAAUGGCUUUUCUUUUGAACCAUCCAAACUGAUGAAUGUGAAGUGCUUUGGCCUUUGCCCCUUGAGGUGGAUUUGGAUGUGUUGUGCCAGAGAGCUGGAGGGCAGGGGAGCAGCUCCUCUGCCUCUGGGAGCAGGCAGAGCACACAGGAAUGUGAGACUGGAGAGGAAUCAGGACUUAAACAGCAAAAUGAGGGAACUUCCCAACAGAAAGAGAGCUGCUGUGUGGGGGAAAAGGAGCAGAGUCUGGGGCUGUGUUCCUGCACAUGCAGCCUGUGCUCUCCUGGCUGGGAGCACAGGGGGUUCCUGCUGCAGCACAGGCAGUGUAAGGAGCAUCCCAUGGACAUUGGGCUGGAGGGUUCCCCACGGGCACUUCCCGAGUUCUCCUCUCCCCAUGGCAGGGUGUGAGUCCUGCUGGGCUCUGUGCACUGUUCAGGGUGUGAGUCCUGCUGGGCUCUGAGCCCU